AUGGAUCCUGUUUCCGCCGCUGGCUUUGCCUCGAGCAUCAUCACCUUCAUCGACUUCUCCACAAAGCUCAUCAAGACCUCGGUAGGGGAAGAUAAAGAGCACAAACAGAUCAGCAAUGUCCUCGAGGAAUACAAGGCCAUCGCGAAUGGACUUCGGGAACCGGCUUCAGCGUCAGACUCUCGAGACGGCGAGCACUGGGUGAAGUUGCGAGAGCUCGCUAACCAGUGCACUGAUCUAGCCGUCAAGCUGGCCACGUUGUUGAAUGACCUCAAGCUCAAGCAGGGGAACAAAGCUUGGCGCAGUUUGGAGUCGAAAUGGAAAAGCAUGCGCAAGGAAAAAGACAUUGCGAAUAUAGAACAAAAGCUCGAUUCUCUUAGAGGCCAAGUUUUGGUGUGGAUGAACUUUGUAAUGAUGUGA